AUGCAUAUGAUGGUGGCCAGGCCGGAGCAGUGGGUGAAACCGAUGGCGGUCGCAGGCGCAAACCAGUACACCUUUCAUCUAGAAGCUACAGACAAUCCAGGCGCGUUGAUAAAAGACAUUCGGGAGAAUGGGAUGAAGGUUGGACUGGCUAUCAAACCUGGAACUACAGUUGAACACUUGGCACCCUGGGCCAAUCAGAUAGAUAUGGCUUUGGUGAUGACCGUAGAACCUGGGUUUGGAGGGCAGAAAUUUAUGGAAGAUAUGAUGCCAAAGGUUCAGUGGCUGAGGACGCAGUUUCCCUCACUUGAUAUCGAAGUGGAUGGUGGAGUGGGGCCUGACACCAUCCAUAAAUGUGCAGAGGCAGGUGCAAAUAUGAUUGUAUCUGGCAGUGCUAUUAUGAAGAGUGCAGAUCCAAGAUCUGUGAUCAAUCUUCUAAGGAAUGUGUGUUCAGAAGCUGCUCAGAAGCGGUGUCUGGAUCGAUGAGACCUACUCGAGCAGUGUUCAAGAAGGCUCUGUGCGUGCAGGAGAACCCUUGUUUCUCAUGCGUAAGGGAGGGCUGGAUGAACGUUAAUUAUGGAAACUUGCUGCUGCUGAACAGAAGAAUCAUUCCUUUGCCGCAAUGAAGCAAGCAGCAGUGAAAAACAUUCUGGCUGUUUUUCAGGGUUGGAAAUGCAAUGGUUUGAACCUGUCUCUUGAUUCUGUGGAGGCUAAUUUUGCAGUACAACGUGUAACGCUGACUGGAGCGAACUAAAAUUCAGUCAGUUUUCGCUUGCUAGAUGAGUGUGGCAUCACAACACGUGCUCUUGUGGAAGACUCUAAUGAACCUGCCUUCUGCUGUCUGUGUUUUGUCAUUUGAUCUGUGCAUUCCUACCAAACUUUUCCAAUGGUUGAAUUAAACACUUCUCUUGGUGUGGUAA